AUGAAACUGGGCGCCAAAAGAGUGGGAAGAAACUGGGCGCCAAAAGAGUGGGAAGAAACUGGGCGCCAAAAGAGUGGGAAGAAACUGGGCGCCAAAAGAGUGGGAAGAAACUGGGCGCCAAAAGCGUGGGAAGAAACUAGGCGUCACCAGAAAGGAAAUGGAAGAAACUGGGCGUCACCAGAAAGGAAAUGGAAGAAACUGGGCGUCACCAGAAAGGAAAUGGAAGAAACUGGGCGUCACCAGAAAGGAAAUGGAAGAAACUGGGCGUCACCAGAAAGGAAAUGGAAGAAACUGGGCGUCACCAGAAAGGAAAUGGAAGAAACUGGGCGUCACCAGAAAGGAAAUGGAAGAAACUGGGCGUCACCAGAAAGGAAAUGGAAGAAACUGGGCGUCACCAGAAAGGAAAUGGAAGAAACUGGGCGUCACCAGAAAGGAAAUGGAAGAAACUGGGCGUCACCAGAAAGGAAAUGGAAGAAACUGGGCGUCACCAGAAAGGAAAUGGAAGAAACUGGGCGUCACCAGAAAGGAAAUGGAAGAAACUGGGCGUCACCAGAAAGGAAAUGGAAGAAACUGGGCGUCACCAGAAAGGAAAUGGAAGAAACUGGGCGUCACCAGAAAGGAAAUGGAAGAAACUGGGCGUCACCAGAAAGGAAAUGGAAGAAACUGGGCGUCACCAGAAAGGAAAUGGAAGAAACUGGGCGUCACCAGAAAGGAAAUGGAAGAAACUGGGCGUCACCAGAAAGGAAAAGGAAGAAACUGGGCGUCACCAGAAAGGAAAAGGAAGAAACUGGGCGUCAUCAGAAAGGAAAAGGAAGAAACUGUGCGUCAUCAGAAAGGAAAUGGAAGAAACUGGGCGUCAAUAGAAUGGAAAGCAAUGGAACGUACCUGCGUCAACUGAACAGAAAGAAACGGAAGACACCGACAUCAAGUGAACGGAAUUAA